UCCUCGUCAUUAAAGCGAAUUCGUACUCUUCCUCAGACUUUCCAAAUAAAACUGAACCAGCUGUGUGCAGUGGUGCUCUCUGCGUCAUCCGUCUCUGAGCGCUCCGUGGGCUCACAACAAGGAAGAACAGAGGCAGAAAUGUCCGGCCAUGUGUUUUUAUCUGUUACUUUCAGUCUAUUUUUGUUGUGGGGGGCUGUUGGAGUCGUGCCGAGCCGGGCAAUGAUUAUUCGAGACGGCCAGGAGCAAAGCUUUGUCAGCUUGGACGACAUGUUCCGUGAAGUGGAGGAGUUGAUGGAAGAUACCCAAAACCUUCUGGAGGAUGCCGUCGACCAGAUAACAACGGAGAGUGCCAAGUCAUUGGAAAAUCACCAUCAUCACCACAGUAAUACCAAGACUGUGAAAGAUGGAGUCAUAACCAUUCAAACUGACAAGGAAAUUAAUAACACAGCAGGAGAGACAGACUCAUCACAUAUCCAUGUAGAGAUCUCAGGCGAAUGGAACAGUGUGUAUCAUGAGUGCCUGGUGGACGAGGACUGUGGCGAGCGGAAGUAUUGCCUGUAUCGGAUUGACAGCUCCAAGUGCCUCCCCUGCAUACCAACUGAUAUGCCCUGCACAAAGAAUGAAGAGUGCUGCUCAAGUCAGUUGUGUGUUUGGGGCCAGUGUACAGUUAAUACCACUGAGGGAACAGAGGGAACAAUAUGUCAGGGUCAGAAUGACUGCAAACGAGACCUCUGCUGUGCCUUCCAACGAGAGCUUUUAUUCCCUGUGUGCAACCCUAAGCCGGGACAGGGAGAGGCCUGUCUGAACCAACCCAAUUUAUUGAUGGACAUGCUUGCCUGGGACCAGGAGGGCCCUCGCGACUACUGCCCCUGUGCCAAUGACCUUCAGUGCCAACCUCAAGGACGUGGAUCUGUUUGUGUGCUGUCAGACCCGAAAUAAGGAACUAAGUGCCGUAUCGAAAAUACACGAGUACGCCUGAAGCUAUGGUGAAGUCGUGAUUGAUGAUUCACCAAAGAACAGCCAACCUGCUGCAACUAUCAGUUUUUCAAUUGUUUGUGUUUUUUUGGAAUGUAUUCUUUGUAAUAAAAGAUACAAAGUCCCAUGA